UUCGGGUGCGUGAAGGUAUAUAAGCUUGAGAGAGCCACUGAGGGCUCCACUGCAGUCAGCAGAUUCAUCUGAGCGAAUUCACUCUUAGUCUUAGAGAUAACCCUAAGUUAAAAAAUGGCAUUCGCCGGAAUUCUGAACGACGCUGACAUCACUGCAGCCCUUGCAGCUUGCCAAGCUGCCGACUCCUUCAAGCACAAGGACUUCUUUGCUAAGGUCGGCCUGGCUGCCAAGUCUGCUGAUGACAUCAAGAAGGCCUUCGCUGUCAUUGACCAGGACAAGAGUGGCUUCAUUGAGGAGGAUGAGCUGAAGCUGUUCCUGCAGAACUUCUCUGCCGGCGCCAGAGCUCUGACCGACGCUGAGACCAAGACGUUUCUUCAGGCCGGUGACUCUGAUGGUGACGGCAAGAUCGGAGUUGAUGAGUUCGCCGCCAUGGUCAAGGGUUAAAUGGAUAAACUGACCAACAUCUGACAACUCUAAAGGAACAACUUGAGCCAAAACUCUUCUUCUUCUUUUCCUUCUCACUCUCCCCUCUCAGCUAUCCACACCACUUUUAUACACUCGACCUUUUACCCUGCACCGACUAUAGACAAACCACCUCCCUCACCCCCUCGACUCCCCCAUCCUCCCUAUCUCUCUC